CAGCGAGCUGAAGCCAGCCCUGGAGCCAGCCAUGGAGUCAUGCCUGCUGCAGACCACCCUGAAGAUCUGCCUGACAUCCCCAAGACACAACAGCCUUUAUGUCAGGACCAAACAGCAGAAGCACAUGGAGGACCUGGAGGCCAUGCUGAGGAGCCUGUUGGCCACCGCACCCAGCUUGGACAGGCUGCAGUUCCUUUGGGAGGACUCGCCCGACAUGCCCCAGAUGGGUGACACCGCGGCCCAGCUGUGUCUGUCCCACAGCCACCCAGCAGCAGACAUCAGCUGCCAGGCCAGGGAGGGCAUCUACCUGCUCGCCCAAAUCCUGCUGCACCACAAGGGCCAAGACAUGCAGGAGGCAGAGGGGCUGCUUCAUCUAAGCCGGGAACAGCAGAGCCAGGUCCAGAGCUACGUGGGCCUGGCUGAAGUUGGGGAGGUGUUUCAAAAAAUCUUAUCAGAGGGGCAAAGGAGGUCUUUUGUGCAGAGGGCACUUGCGGGGGUGCUGGACAUGAAUGUGUGUGUCAGCCGUGCUGCGCUGAUCCUCCUCUACGCCAUGCUGGGGGAAGCCGGCCACCUGAUCGGGGACAAGGAGGAAGAAACCCCCGCCAGGAUCAUGAGGAAGCUGCUGGUCAUGAAGGGCUUCAAACAGCUGCCCAGAGAGCUGCAAGGCCACAGCCUGCUGGCAAGCUCCUCCAGGACCCCCUGCCCUCUGCAGCAACCCAAGGUCCCUUCCGCAGCUUCAACCAGCAGCAAGGCUGACAGCACCUCCCUGAACAAAUUCACCAUCCAGAGCCUCACAGGCAGCAAGACAGCCCCAGAGGGAACCUCCAGCCCGGAAUCAGCCACCACGCUGGGGUCAUCUACUGAUGCAAACACCCCCUGA